AUGUCGAGCUGGGUCGCAUUGAAUGUUGAGCCCGAUGAGGCUAUCGAAGAAGAAGUUGAUGACACCAAGGAGCUUCAAAUCGAGGAAGCUUUAAAGCUUUACCACAGUGCCUUGAAGCUGCAUUCACAAGGGCCAGAGCACUAUGCUCAAGCUGCCGAUGCCUAUGAAGCUCUUCUCAAUUCGGACAUCUUCAAGUACCCAGAGUCGAUAUCCGAUUUCAAAAGGGGCGCCUUCGACGACGCGCAUGAUGAAAUUGCUACAGAAUCGAUCGCCGAGUUCAACGUCAAUGACUCUACCUCCAGUCUAUUCCAAACGCUCUACCUAUCCUAUAAAAACCACGGCAAAUUUGUGCUCGAUUCAGUACAAGACUCCAUACGAACAACGCCGCAAACCCCCGAAUCCGAGCAGGAAACACAAAAAAAGUUGACGGAGGCAUCCAGGAAAGCCUUGGGAUCUUUUGGGGACGCCUUGGAACGAGACGACUCAGAUCUGAACCUUUGGAGGCAGAGCGCAAGACUCAGCAGUUCAUUAAACAGCUACCGCUUGUCUCGGUAUUGCUUGGAGAGUGUCCUUGCAGAUGAUGACAACCGCCUGGAAUUACGGUCAGAGCAGCUUGGCCUAGAGGAGAUAUUUGCGGAGCAGCGCCUGCGAAGCACGCUACAGUCCCUCUUUGACAAGUUAUCUGUCUCACAAAUUCCUGUCCAGAGGCCAAAGAAAGCUUUAUUAAAAUACCUCAAACAGCAUGAGGAUCCAUAUCCUAAACUGCCCGCACUUCCCGCUGACUUGCGCCGCCUAGAUCCGUCAAAGGGCCCUCUUGCCCUGCACCCUUCUCGUCGAGAGAUAACCCCCGCUAACCCAACCUGGGAGUCAGUUGGCAAGGCGCUUCUCCAAGCACUUGACGAUGAAGAUGACAACUCGCUCGCUGAUGUUCCGACCCGGUCAAUUGGUAUUAUCUUACCUUCCAGAAGCUCCCAAGCUCCGACUACGCCGAUCGCAAAUGAAGAGGACACCGAAAUGGCCGUAGAUACCGAGGAGCGGGGGAAUAAUGGUGGUAACGAGGUUGCCGAUGUGAAUAUGCUUGAAACAACCGAAAACGAUACCAAACCUGAUCAAAGUUCACCUCCGCCAACGAAAGAGCCCACUGAGCCGGGAGAGGAACAUGCAUCGAUCGAUCAAGGUGCUGAAAAGCAAUUGAUGGAGUCGUUGGAGCGUCAAUCGACGCAGCCACAGGAUCAGCAGGCCGAACAAGAUGGGACUCACGUAGAAGAAGUUGACACAAACUCUACGGUGGACCCUCGAAAAAGAUCGUCUACAUCAGCUGCGAACGAGGAACCAGAGGGCGGCCGCAUGAAAAGCAGACGGACCCGAGCGCGAGAAUCAAAUGCCGACGCUUUGGCAUUGCCCGAAGAGAUUGCAUUCGAUCAAGAAAAAUACUACGAAGACCGUCUUGAGGUUUUUGUCAAUGCUGAUGAUUGGAUGUUCAGCACGGUCGACUCUCUCUUCUCGAAGGUCGGUAUUGAUGCGAUCGGUAGCAUUGAAAGUCUGAGAGAAAAGUGUUCUGGGAAUGACUCAACUGAUACACCUCAAGAUCUUGAGACACGAUUGAUUCGGGAUUUCCGAGGUCUCAUCAAGACAUGGGAUGACGAAAAGUCUCGAUUGAUGCAGCAGAAAGACGAUUUGUCUUCGCUGAAGGACAUCCGUGGCACGAGCAAGUCAGGAUUGGCUGUUUUCCUUGAGCACUCAAGAAAGGGUGCUCGGAAGCCAGUUGUCGAGGAAGAGCUUCCUUCUGGGGAGCAACUUUAUAAUUUUUCCAAUGCCAUCAACUCCGGCUGGCUACAUCCCUAUGAAACUUCAUUCGAAUGGCUAAAGUGUCUUCUCAUGCCGGAUUUCGGCCAAGAGUCUUCAGACUGGUUGGUAGCAAAGUCAACUUACAUCUGUUUCCUGUGGCCAAAAGACCUAAAGAAGACUGUGAUAGAACUCCUAGUUCGGGAGGAUGAAUUUACCUACCGUGCGUGCAGCGAAAUGAUCUCCAAUCUUGAAGCUCGAAUUCUUGGCUCGAGCAAUGGAGCUCCAUUUGAAUAUAAGGCCAAAGACUUCUUCGAACUUGAGAUGAUACAAAGCAUAUACGAGCUUCAUUUGGAUGUUUUUGCUUCGGCUGAGAGUCUUGGCAGUGAGACAGUCCAGGAGACAAGACUCGCACAGCGUGAUCGCCUGGCUCGCUGGGGUAUGCUAGCCCGGUCAUCCGUAGAUCAUUUUGUCAACUACAACCCAACCGUCGAACCCCAGUCAAAUCUCAUCCUGCGCCAUUUGUGGGCGUCAGCAUUCCAUAUUAAUCUUGCCGGGGACGCACAGCGAGAGCAUAUUCUACUCUGUCUUCAAGACCUGAAGCAAAUUCUUCAGUCUCUUGAUAAUCCAAAUGUCAAUCUCAUCAACAAUGCUACGAUGUCAGAAUUGUCCACUGCUGUGAUAGACCAAGAGGUCUUGAAACUCAAGUGCAUGGACUUUUUCGCCAAGGUAUUCAACUCAGACUCUGAGGAUCCCGUGUCUCUCAUCGAGGCAAUAGAGCCCAUUCUCGAACCCUCGUCUAUUGAGUAUGCUGAAGUUUCAGAGGAGAAUGACAUGAAUCACCCUACCUCACAUCUCGGUGAAAUGGCUGCCUUCCUCGAUAGAGGAGACGCUACAUUGCGACUGUUCCUCUGGCGCCGACUCCAGGAAGCAUACCAGGCUAUUGACUACCCGCCUAAAGUUGUCUCUUGCUAUUUACGAAGCAUCGAGGUGGUAAUGGCAGAACUCGAGGCAGCGAAACACAGCGCAGAAACAAGCCAACACCGUCAAGUAGCCCUUUUGGGUUGGCUCAAAGCCCUCGAUGGCAUUGUGGCCAAAGCUAUAGUGCUUAUUCUUGAAGAUUCGGAAAAAGCAUUUGACUGUUUUGACAUGGAGCAUUUACAAACCUCGAUGUCUGCUGUUGCCCGCCUCAUGAGGCUUUUGCACAGCUUUAUCCUUUACGAGGACUCGGUGCGAGUAGGCCAGAUCUCUGGGCGCGACUUCCGAGGCUCAUUGGCGAAGUCGCUAGAAAGCCUGAAAGAAAGAAUGCGAGAGUUAUAUGUUCGAUGCUGGAUCUUACAGUACACUCUCUUCAUGGAAGCGAUCGCUCAGAACAAGGAGCUUUUCGAUGAUCCGCUUGAAGACCGCAUUCAUUUCCUUCGUUCCGUCCAUAAUGCAUUGGGCGUUCGUUCGAUGUGCAGAUAUUCGCAAAAGAGGUUUUUGAAGCUUCUCAAAGCGGAACUCUUUGGUCUUGAAACCAAGGGCGAUUAUGAAUUUGAUAUGUAUCAAAUACUUCUUGAUCUCCAUGGCAUCAAAUUCUCUGCAUUCGAUGGGACUAUCGACCAUGGAUGUUCACCCGAGAAAUUGGAUCGCCCUACGGCGAUCAUGAUGAUCGACUUUGUUCUGCAACAAGCAAACAAGAUGAAUAUGAAGGACUUGUCAAAGUCUGAAUUGAAAACUACCAUUGAGAAGAUGCAGCAAGCAAUUGGCCCUGCCAAGGCUACUUCACAGACACCACAGUUGACUUUCAAUCGUCGCCUUGUGAAUGCGUAUCUAAAAGCCGCACUCAACCCAUCCAACCUCCUUCGUGCUGUUCAGGGUAUCACAGAACUCUCGACAACAGUAGUUCCCACUGAGAAUGCCAAGAUUGCUGCGAAGGGGUGGUUCUUCCUCCUCGGCCAUGCCGCACUCACCAAGUUCCGAUCCUCGAAGCGCCUCAGCCCUGGUCCAACAAGCGAACUUGAUGACGCGAUUGGGUUCUUUAGGCAAGACUUGGAUCAUGGAACAGGGAGAUGGGAAACCUGGUAUAGGCUCGCCCAAACAUAUGACUCGAAGCUUGACGAAGACAUUACAUGGACAGCCGAUAAAAUCAACAACAACCGUUCGGAGUUGGCAGCCCUACAGCGAAACGCUAUUCAUUGCUAUGCCAUGGCUGUUUCAACAGCAAUGAGGACUGCAGAGCCAACGGCAGAGACUAGAGAAUUGAUGUCAGAUCUGUAUUCAGACUUCGGUCUCCGCCUAUACUCCUCCUCCCGCGAGCCGCUAUCCAUGGGAGCCUUCAGUGUUGCGGACUUCCCUCGCCAUUUCAGCAGCGAGGAGAGCCAACAAAUGUACAAGGGAACGCCUUUCAAAGAGAUGACGCUUUAUUCAACAUGGAACUUUGCUAGCAACCUUCUCAAACGGGCAGCUAUCGACAAGUCUAAGCGAUGGAUGACUCACUACACGCUUGGCAAAUGUCUUUGGAAAAUGUUCACUAGCGAUGAUGCUUUGAGAACCACUUCCAAAAAAGUCGAAAUGCGAGAAGUGAUAGAUGCUAUUCUUAAUGCUAUUGCUGCACUUCCGCAGCGCAGAGACUCACGCUCUGAUCCGAUCUUCGAGCCACAUUUCAAACUCUUCUCUUUUGUACACAAGCUUGUUCUCCGAGGAAACAUGACGCCUGCCGAAGGAAGCAAGACCCUCCUUGCCACUCCUUGGGCCCGUAAGAUCGACCCUCCCGAGAAUAUGGAAGGAUGGAACCCAUACAUACUCGAAGUCCUUCGGAAAUACAAGAGCGCCGACAAGUCCAACUGGCACCAUCGCAUGGGCGUAAAGGCUGCACAUGUCAUCUACGACGAGCAAAAAAACGCAACCGCAGCUCUUGCUGCCAAGCAAGAACUUUCCCAAAUAUUCACCAAGACACUUACGAUCCAAGUCUGGCGGCCCGAAUUCGAACGUCCCGGUCGACAUUUCGUUUACACAACCCGCUACGUGUACUUCUUCGUUGGCCUUCUUGACCAACUCGACGAUCGCGCAAGCUUAGAUCAACUUCUGCGUCGCGUGAGAAAAAAGCAAGGCGAUUUCUUCAACCACACCAAGCUGUGGGAAGACAUUUGUCUAACAUAUGCCAAGAUCAUCCGCCGCGCAGCGAAGAUCAACGAAGGCCACGAAGAAAGCGUAUUCAAGCCAAUUGGGUGGGAAGAGUUCUCAACCAAGACAGCUCGCUUGGAAAGUCUCCCUCAACUGGGACCAGAUAGCCAGUCCAUCUUAGAGCUACUUCGCGACGCCCUGGAGCUAAAGAAGCUUAACAACAACCUCAUGAAAAUCACCAUGUUCGAAGACCUCAUCGCCGACCUAUACGCCCGCCUCUACGAGAUCAACACGCCCCACCUGAUCGAACAACCAACGGAGGAAAAUAAAGAAAAGAUGAAAGUCGACCACCUCCUCAUGGUAGGCGAUGGUCUUCCUGAGCCAUCAGCCACUCCAACCGCGGUUCCGGCAUCGGUGCCGACAUCUGAUACCCCGGCACCGCGCGGCCGGACGAAGGGCAUCGCCCGCCGUGACAUCCAGAAACGCGCGGACACAAUCGUGAACACGAAGUUGGCUCCUCGGGCUGUGGCGAGUAAAGUAGCCACCGUGGGUGAGACGGAGCCACCUGCGACUCCCCAGGGCGCUGGGCCGACUACUACGGGGCCGAGCUCUGCGUCUCGUGGUCCAGCUAAGUCGGUUCCUGCUACUGGGGAUGGCGCAGCCGACCAGAGAGAUGGUCAUGACAGUGCGGAAGAGACUGAGCAAAGCGAAAAUGAGGACACGAAGCUAGGUGAUGAGGGGACUUCGGCGCUUUUCCCUCAUGUUACUGAUGCAGAGGAAGGAGCAACUGGCGAUGAGGGUGCAGAUGAAGGUGCGGAUGAAGGGGAUGGUGAGGAUGAGGAGGGCGGUCAUGAGAAUGAAGAAGAAGAAGGGGAGGGUGAGGGUGAUGGUGAGGAUGAUGGCGAUGGUGAGGGCGAGGGAGAUGAGGAUGAGGAGAUGCAGGAUGAGGAAACCAAGUUGGAGGAAGAAGACAAAGAUGGGAAGGAGAUUCUCACUGCCGAUCAGUCUAUCAAUGAUAAUGAGACUGAGCAUGUCACUGAUAAGCAAGAUACCGGGGAGCAAGAUGCCAUGGACAUUACGCCCUCUGAGUCCUGA